AGCCAAUAUAUAUAAGGAAGGCUCCCGAGCGCGCAGGUUUCAGUAGCGGCUCUGAGCGCAGGCCGGGAACACGAGGCCGAGAGCCGCAGCCUAGCCGCCUCGGUGCGGUGUACCCGGGCACUAGCCGGCUGGCUGCUCCAGGAUUGGCCCGAGCACACGUCCUCUGCGCGGCCGCCGCCCAGCCUCCCUCACCUGGAUUACCUACUGCGGUAGCUGCAGCGGAGCUAGCGACAAGGCGAACGUCCCGAGAGGAGCCCGGCGGUUCAGAGACUCCGCGGGUGGGCGGACGCGCGGGAAAGCGGCGUCCUGAACAGAGCCACAUUCAAGGCCCGCCAGUGGCGAGAGCGACGCCCCUGGGGAUGGCGGCUGAGUCCCGGAGCGCCUCUAGCUGGGCGCUACUGCUGCUGGUGGCACUUUGGCAGCAGCGCGCGGCCGGCUCCGGCGUCUUCCAGCUGCAGCUGCAGGAGUUCGCCAACGAGCGCGGCGUCCUGGCCAGUGGGCGGCCGUGCGAGCCCGGCUGCCGGACUUUCUUCCGCGUCUGCCUUAAGCACUUCCAGGCGGUCCUCUCGCCCGGCCCCUGCACCUUCGGCAGCGUCUCCACACCGGUUUUGGGCACCAACUCUUUCGCCGUUCGGGACGACAGUAGCGGCGGUGGCAGAAACCCUCUCCAACUGCCCUUUAAUUUCACCUGGCCGGGUACCUUCUCACUUAUCAUCGAAGCUUGGCACGCUCCAGGAGACGACCUGCGGCCAGAGGCCUUGCCAGCGGACGCGCUCAUCAGCAAGAUCGCCAUCCAGGGCUCCCUAGCCGUGGGCCAGAACUGGUUACUGGACGAGCAAACCAGCACCCUCACACGGCUGCGCUACUCUUACCGGGUCAUCUGCAGUGACAACUACUAUGGGGACAGCUGCUCACGCCUGUGCAAGAAGCGCAAUGACCACUUCGGCCACUACGUGUGUCAGCCAGAUGGCAGCCUGUCCUGCCUGCCAGGCUGGACUGGGGAGUACUGCGAGCAGCCUAUCUGUCUGUCUGGCUGUCAUGAACAGAAUGGCUACUGCAGCAAGCCAGCAGAGUGCCUCUGCCGUCCAGGCUGGCAAGGCCGCCUGUGCAACGAGUGUAUCCCCCACAAUGGCUGUCGCCAUGGCACCUGUAGCACCCCCUGGCAGUGUCCCUGUGUCGAGGGCUGGGGAGGCCUGUUCUGUGCCCAAGAUCUCAACUACUGCACCCACCACUCCCCGUGCAAGAACGGAGCAACGUGCUCCAACAGCGGGCAGCGGAGCUACACUUGCACCUGUCGCCCAGGCUACACUGGCGUGGACUGUGAGCUGGAACUCAGCGAGUGUGACAGCAACCCCUGCCGCAACGGAGGCAGCUGCAAGGACCAGGAGGAUGGCUACCUCUGCCUCUGUCCCCCGGGCUACUACGGCUUGCACUGUGAACACAGUACCCUGAGCUGUGCUGACUCUCCCUGCUUCAACGGGGGCUCCUGCCACGAGCGGAACCAGGGAGCCAGCUAUUCCUGCGAAUGCCCCCCCAACUUCACUGGUUCCAACUGCGAGAAGAAAGUGGACAGGUGCACCAGUAACCCGUGUGCCAAUGGUGGCCAGUGCCUGAACCGAGGUCCCAGUCGCACGUGCCGCUGCCGCCCUGGAUUCACGGGCACCCACUGCGAAGUCCACGUCAGCGACUGCGCCCGCAGCCCUUGUGCCCACGGUGGCACUUGCCAUGACCUGGAGAAUGGGCUCGUGUGCACGUGCCCUGCCGGCUUUUCUGGCCGGCGCUGCGAGGUGCGGAUACCCAGCGACGCCUGUGCCUCGGGGCCCUGCUUCAAUGGGGCCACCUGCUACCCCGGCCUCUCCCCGGACAACUUCGUCUGCAACUGCCCCUAUGGCUUUGUGGGCAGCCGCUGCGAGUUCUCCACGGGCCUGCCGCCCAGCUUCCCCUGGGUGGCCGUCUCCCUGGGCGUAGGGCUGGUGGUGGUGCUGGUGCUGCUGGGCAUGGUGGCGGUGGCUGUGCGGUGGCUGCGGCUUCGGCGGCCAGACGACGGCAGCAGGGAGGCCAUGAACAACUUGUCGGACUUCCAGAAGGACAACCUGAUCCCUGCUGCCCAGCUCAGGAACACAAACCAGAAGAAGGAGCUGGAAGUGGACUGUGGCCUGGACAAGUCCAACUGUGGCAAACAGCAGAACCACACGGUGGACUAUAAUCUGGCCCCAGGGCUCCUGGGGCGGGGGAUCAUGCCAGGGAAGUAUCCCCACAGUGACAAGAGUUUAGGGGAGAAGGCGCCACUGCGGCUACACAGUGAAAAGCCAGAGUGUCGGAUAUCAGCGAUCUGCUCCCCCAGGGACUCCAUGUACCAGUCUGUGUGUUUGAUAUCAGAAGAGAGGAAUGAAUGUGUCAUUGCCACGGAGGUAUAAGGCAGGAGCCUGCCAGGACAUCCCAGCUUCGGCUGCAGCUGGACUUCCUUCCGCAUCGUUUACAUUGCAUCCUGGAUGGGACGUUUUAAAUAUGCAACGUGCUGCUCUCAGGAGGAGGAGGAGGGAAUCGCAUGAACUGGAUAGACUGUGAACUUGCCAAGAGAUGCAAUACCCUUCUACACCUUUGGGUGUCCGUCUGGCAUCAGAUUGGCAGCCGCACCAGCUAGGGGACAGAGGCGAGGAGAGGUGCCGCUUGGGCCCGCCCUGCCAGUAGUGGCCUUCAGAAAGAGUGGCAGCAACCCCUUGGGGUCUGGAGCUGCUGUGGCCUCCGCUGGCAUCUGCGUUUCCAAAAGUGCCUUUGGCCCAGGUUCCAUGAUGACAGCUGGGCCCAAAUCUGAAAGGAGAGAGAGGACCAGUAAGGGCAGGGCCUCCCGUGGGCUGGAAAACCACUGGGUGUGGCUCUUGGCAGGAGUUGCCCUGCAGGUGAGGUGAGCCCUUGCAGGGAGAGGAGCACUUUCUGCCCGGUGCCUCUAACCACCGCACGUGGGCCUUCUUGGGACACCGCCAGCCUUUCCCUGACCUAGGCCGUCUGGGCAAGAAUGUCGUUAAGCCUUACCUGGCUCCCACCACCCUCUGGCCCUGGGUGCCUCUGGGCUUCUGUGAGCGGAUAGGCGAGGGCCUGCCGCUUCUGCCAGUGGGGGUGCCAGGCCGACCUGGGGAACUCGGGCAGUCGUGUUGGAGAGUCCAGCGAGGGGGAAAUUGGGUGCUGAUGCCGCCUGGGCCUUUCCUCCUCAGCCCUGUCCCUACGACCUCACGCCUGGGCUCUCUGCCCAUGCCCACCACUGCCCCGGACCACCCUCGAAGCUGAUCUUCAGAAAUCAAUAAUAUGAGUUUUUAUUUUUUUUGGUAGUUUAUUUUGGAGUCUAGUAUUUCGAUAAUUUAAGAAUCAGAAGCACUGACCUUUCUACAUUUUAUAACAUUAUUUUGUAUAUAAUGUGUAUUUAUAAUAUGGAACAGAUGUGUA